AUGAAAUUGAAAUCUGUAAGUUCUUCAAUCUCGACCCAGAUUAGUAGCAAUAAUAGAAUUUACAUCUCCUCCCGUCACGAAGUUUCUCGGCUCACGAUUCCGGUUCACGAAGUUUCUUGGUUCCAAAAUCAACUCUUCUUCCGAUUGGUGCUCCUCCCCUGCUUGACUCCGAUUCCUGAAGCGAUCACUGACAUUUCUUUUAGCGCCGACUACCCCACAACUCUAUUAUCGACAUCUCAAUCGAUCAUCUGCUCCUUCACCGGUAUCCCUUUAAUCGAUAUCCCUCUAAUGCACUUCUGUUUUUAUUUGUGUAUAAACCUUUAA